CAGUUCUUUCUCAGAUCAACUCAUUGAGCAAUGGCCCAAACGCAAACCCAAUCGCUACCACCUCUAUCCAUCGCAACCUCCUCCUUGAAUCCAUUCCCUGCGGCCACAGAAGCUCCGCACGAUCUCAGCUCAAAACUCCACGCCAUCACCCACGCAGGAUUCCGUGCAAUUGAAUUAGCCUUUGCAGACUUUCUAUCUUAUGUUGAGCAGCACUUUGGUCGCAAGGUCGACCCUCAGGCCUGGGACGAUCUAAGCACUGCGGCAAGGGCACUGCGGCAAGAAUGUAAGACGUUGCAGUUGGAGAUCAUGAUGCUUCAACCAUUCAGUAACUUUGAAGGCUGGGAUCCAGAGUCGGAAGAAGGGAGAAGCAAGCGGGAAAAUGCGUUUGCGAGAGCAAAGGGAUGGAUUCGACUUAUGCAGGAUCUAGGAACUGAUAUGUUGCAGGUCGGUUCCACAGAUGCUCCAAACAUCAAGAAGGACAAGGCAUUUCUGGCGGCAGAUCUCGCCCGACUAGCAGACAUGCUAGCAGAGCACAAUAUGCGCCUAGCCUACGAGAACUGGUGCUGGGCCACAUUCGCGACAAACUGGCGUGACGUCUACGACCUCGUCGUUGCCGUAGACCGGCCAAACAUAGGGCUCUGUUUGGACACAUUCCAGUCAUCCGGUGGUGAGUGGGGCGAUCCAACAACAGCAUCCGGCCACCGAGAAGAUGUGCCGAAGCACGAGCUGGAAGAUCGAUUUCAGGACAGCAUGCAGCAGCUGGGGGCGACGUUACCCAAGGAGAAGAUCUACUUGCUGCAGGUGUCGGAUGCUUACAAGCCGCCGCAGCCGCUAGAUGCGAGUCUGGACGGAAGUGGAUUGAGGCCGAGGGGAAGAUGGAGCGGUGCGUUUAGACCGAUGCCCGGGAAGCAGGGCGGGUAUUUGCCUGUUUUGGAAGUAGCGAAGGCGGUGAAGCGCACUGGGUUCCGAGGUUGGUUCAGUAUUGAGAUAUUUGAUGGUGGCCCGGCGGGCAAAGACAGGGAGCUGGGAAAUCUGGACGAUCAGGCUAAGGAGAUUAUGGAAUUAAGCCAGGCAUUUUUGACGAAGGCGAUGGAAGAAUGCGACUAUGUAGUCUAAGCCC